AUGUCAAGGUUAUCUCAAAGUUUGAAGGGGCUGAAGGGCAACUUGGCUCGCGCCCUGAGGGUGGCUGCCUUAAACGGCAGGGUGGGGGUGUCGGAGCUGAUAGUGAGGUCAGCUACCGACGCCACGCGUGUCCUGGAGGUCGAAAAUGCCAUCCUCAGGGGGCAAAUGACGGAGCUGCGGGCGGAGGUGGCCCGACUCCGUCAGGUGGUGGAGGCGAGAACGGCUGCUGCCGCAAUGCCUCCGCCGCCGGGCCCGGGAGUGGGCUCAGAGGGAGCGCGUCCGGUCAAAAAAGUCGACCUUAGGGUGAGCGGCCUGGUCGAUUCGACCACGCCAGCGGAGGUCGCUGCGGCUGUUGCCCGCGUGGGCGGGUGUAGCGAGGGGGACAUUCAUACCGGCGAAAUCCGGUCUUCCCCCUCGGGAUUGGGCACCCUCUGGGUCCGAUGUCCUGCCGCGGCCGCUCGCAGGGUUGCGGUCGCGGGCCGGAUAACUGUCGGCUGGACCCAGGCAGCCGUGGAGGCCCUGAGUGCCCGGCCUCUGCAGUGUUAUCGCUGCCUUGGUGUUGGCCACACCAGGCAGCGGUGCACUGCUGCCGAGGAUAGGUCCGACUGCUGUUAUAGAUGCGGCAGUCGGGACCAUAAGGUGGCAGCCUGUGCGGCCACGCCCAAUUGCCCGCGUUGUGCGGGCGCGGGCAAGUCGUCUGGUCACCGCCUCGGCAGCCGGGCGUGUCCUGCCAAUGCGAGGCGAGGCAAGGGAGGCUGCCAAAGGCCGUCUGCCAGGUUGAAUAAUAAAGGGAGGGAAACCACGAUGGCCAAGGCAGCGACCACCGUGGCCAGCAACGAAAAGGCGGCACCGCCUGAUGCUACCGCCGCGCCCGCGGGGGCGGAUGGGGCCACUAAAGUCCCAGACGCCACCGCAUCCGCGGCCGUGACGGCGAUGGACACGGCUGAGUAA